AGGAAUUUCGGCGCCAUGUCAGUGUAUGAAAGCGAGGACUGCGGAGAAACGCGCCGAUACACCUUCCGGCGCAUCCAAACUACGGCCAUCCGGUUCCAGGUGAAGGCGGCCCACGACGUGGCCAUCUGCCUCUCCCCUGACGACAACGAAGAGCAGGAGGACAUGUACGAGAUCUUCAUCGGCUGCUGGGGAGGCGGGGAGUCCGGCAUCCGCCGCCACAGGGACGAGGACGUGUGCCGGGUCGAGACGCCCGACAUCGUGAGCGACGAGGAGUUCCGCAGUUUCUGGAUCAAAAUCGAGCACGGCGUCAUCAAGGUAGGGCGGUCCGGGCAGAAGCACCCCUUCAUGAGCUACACCGACCCCGACACGCUGCUCCACGUCACGUGGUACGGCUACUCCACCGGCUGGGGCGCCUCCGGGGAGUGGAUGUUCCCGGAUGACGACGAAGGAUCCUCCUCGUCCUCCUCAGCCAUGUCCUCCUCGGACUCAGAGGCGGAGGACAUCAACAACCUCGAAGACAGACCCAUCAUGUACAAGCGUCCCGCGCGCUGGGUGCCGGCUAAGGGCGGCUACUUCCCGAGGCAUCCCGUGUCCGGCGGCGAGGGUCCCGACGGGGAGGUGUACGUCGGGAUGGCGCACCACGAGGGCGGCUACAUCCUGGGCAUGGUCGUUCCAGACCAGGGAUGCUGCUACAUACCCUUCGGAGGAGAAGCUAUAGCCAAGGAAGAGUAUUUUGUGCUGAGCAACCCCGGUACAGUGAACAUCAGCUGGGAACCGGGGAGCAAAGGCAAGGUUCCCAGCGGAGCUUUGCAGGGGGGCCGAUCUGAGGACGGGGAGCCUCUCUACAUCGGCAGGAUCUCUGUGGACGGCGUGGUGUCUGUCGGCAAGGUGCACCCAAGCCACGGAGUUUGCUACGUCCCCUACAACGGCACUGAACACUCCCAUCGCGACUACGAGGUCCUUUGCAUUCAGGACGUGCCAUGCAAAAUCUGACCUGCUUAUCACUUC